AUGCUAGGAGCCCUCAUCACGGCCGACUAUGCUGCUGGUGUUGUCGCAUUCGCAGCGGUGCUCGCCGUGCUGUAUAAGAAAUCUUCAUUGACGAAUGGCAAGAACGCCUUGCCAUUUCCACCUGGACCCCCCGCCCGUUGGUUCUGGAGCAACGCUUUGCCUUCUGUCAACAUUGCUCGUGAGCUGACCAACCUUGUUCGGGAGUAUGGGCCUGUGGUAUCGCUCCGACAAGGCAGUCAAGUGAUCAUUGUCAUCGGCAGCGUCGAGGCAGCCACAACCAUCAUGGAGAUAGAAGGUAGAUCCCUUGUAGAUCGUCCUCCGUCUAUCGCUGCGGGAGAGAUGCUCUCAAAUGGGAUGCGUAUCCUCAUGGCUCGCUCCGGAGAACGCUUUCGGCGUCUCCGCAAAGCAGUUCAUACCCAUCUCCAGCCCAAGGCAGCAGAAGCAUACAAAGAUAUGCAGCACGAUAAUGCAAGGAAAUUUAUAUUAGACAUUCUGAAUGACCCUCGGAAUCACCAGAAGCAUGCAGCAGGGUAUUCAACAUCGGUCAUUCUUCGCGUCACUUAUGGGAAGUCUACACCUACGGCCUACACUGAUCCCGAAGUUGUCCGUAUCUACAAAGUCCUCCAUCAUUUUGAUCUUGUGAUGCGCCCGGGAGCUUAUCUUGUCGACCGUGUACCUCUUUUGCGCUACUUGCCUGGUUACGGAAGGCAACUGGCUGAGUGGCAUGACGAAGAACUAAGUCUAUACAGACAUCAGUUACUGCGCGUCCAGAACGAAAUAGAACAAAACAAAGCGGGGCCCUCUUUCACCAAGACACUGUUGGAAAACACCGAAGAUCAUCAGCUUGCGAUGGAUGAGAUGGGAUAUCUCGCUGGAACGCUCUUUGGUGCAGGAGCUGAUACGGCAAUCCAGACCUCUGCGGGAAUUACCACUGCUAUUAUGGCUGCGGCGUGCUACCCUCUGGCUCAGGCAAAGCUGCAUGAAGAGCUCGACAUGGUCGUCGGAUCAGACAGAGCACCAAUAUUUGAGGACUCGAGCUCGCUUCCUCAAUUGCGCGCGUUUCUGUUGGAAGCUUUGAGAUGGAGACCUGUCAUUCCCAUAGGAUUCCCCCACCGCGCAACUCAGGAUAUUAUUUGGCAAGGUCAUUGUAUCCCUGAAGGCGCAAUGGUCUACGGAUGCCAUUGGGCAAUCUGUCGCGAUCCAAUUGCCUUCCCAGAUCCCGAGAAAUUCGAUCCUCAGCGCUGGCUUGAUUCCGAAGGCCGCCUCAAGGACGAUAUGAAGUCUUUCACCUUUGGCUUUGGCAGACGGGUGUGUCCCGGCAGGCAUCUCGCAGAGAAUUCAAUGUACAUCGCCCUCGCACUUAUCUUCUGGUCAUUCCGCUUCGAUCAACGACCUGACGCUCCGAUCAACACGCAGGCUACGCCAUUUGAGAUUGACGUCAUUCCACGAAUCGAAGUCGAGAGGUUGAGGGAGAUGAUGGCGGACGAAAGUAUGUAUUGA